UUUGGAGCCUAGUCGGCGCGCCGCUGUGACGUCACCUUCCUCGAGGCCAAGAUGGCGGCGUCGCUGGGUGGAAGCCUGAUGGAAAUUUGCGCAUUUGAGCGGGAAGCCGUCCAAAGGUUCCGAGAGGUCCAAAUCAAACUUGCUUCGGCGGCCGCUCCGGGAGCUGUGAAAUUUGCCGACUCUGCCGGAGCGUUCCACUACGACGGCGGCGGGAACGUGCACUCGGUCGCCGGCAGCAGAUUCAUCACAUGGAGCACGUCUGGCGACGCGGUGGAGCUGGUGGAGCGUUGGUUGGACGGCAACCUGCUGAACAACGCCGUCCGGCUGCGCUUCGCACACUGCCGCGUGGUGCCGGGGGGCGUCGCCGUCGCCGAGACCCCCGACGACAUCGUCGUCCUCGUCGCCACCGAUCGGAGCGUUCAUAGGGUGCCGCUGCCGCACCCGAAACGCAUGUAUCGCAGCGAUGUGGCGACGGAGCUCCACAUGCAGUCGGUGUUGACAGACGUGGCCAAUCUGAACCUGGAGGACGCGUGUCACGCCGCCGCCAUCCCCGCCGCGUACAUCCCCGCCGGCGGCCCGGCGGGUGCCGCCGCCGCAUGGCUGACCCCGCAAGGGGACGCGCACUACGCCUUGGCGUCGCCCACGGGGGGCGUGGUGGUCGUCACGCUAUCCGCAAACGCGCUGCAAGGGGCCGUGUGCGUGUCGGAGCUGAAGAGGAGUUCCGUGAUGCGGCGUUUGUCCGGCUGGAUCCCGAGCGCCAUGCGCGGCGACCGUAGCGCCUCGGACUGCGUGGCGAGCGUGGCGGGGCGGGCGCUGGACGACGACUCGCUGGUGGUGGCCGUGUGUCACGAUCAUAAACUGCGCGUGUGGUCCCUCAAGGAUGAGGCGUGCGUGCUGGAGGCGGACACGUUGGACUACGUGCCGCUGUCGGCGGGCGUGAAGCGCGGGGGGGCGGCGGGCGCGGGCCACCGCGUGCGCCUGACCUCUUGCGCCGCCUCCGGCCUGCGCCUGGCCGUGUACGUGGCGACGCCCCGCGGAGGCCAGUUCGUGGUGCUGCAGCUGCUGGCCGCUGACGGCGAGCGCUUCGGCCUGGAGCGUGUCUCGUCGCUCUUCUCCGCUCAGGAGAAUCUGGUGGACUUCGCGCUGACCUCCGCUGACCUUUGGGCGCUUUGGGUGGACGACUCCAACGACAGCGUUGUCAAAUACGUCAACUUUGAACAGAACGAGUCGGGCCAGUGGAAUGAGGUUUUUGUUCAGCCUCCUCCCGAAGAGGAAGUCGACAUCGGCGAGGACCGCGACCCGCGCGAGACCUACUUGGACGCCAUCUUCUCUCCGCUUCGCUUCACGCCGGCGGCCGUCGUCAAAGCUGUCCAGAUCUUCCGGCGAGGCCCGUGUGUCCUCUCUGACGUGUCCUGGGAGGGACUGAAGAAGGAAGUCACGCUGGCCGUCCAGAACGAGCUCCAGAGCAGCGUGACCGAGUUUGAGUUUUCCCAGGAGGAAUAUCGCCACCUUCAGGUGGAGUUCUGGUCCAAGUUGUACGCGUGCUGUCUUCAGUACCAGCAGGUUCUGUCCACGCCGCUGGCCAUCAGCGUCAGCCCUCACAGUCACAUGGCGUGCCUGCUCAAGAAGGGUUUCGUUUCCUUCCUGCUGCCUUGUUUCGCCGUGGACCAUCUCUACCUGACCUCUGACGACUACUUCCUGUGUGGAGACGACACGCUGCUCGCCGAAGAAUCGUCAGUGAGUGCGGACGUGGCGACGCUGUUGUCGUGUUUGCGUCUGCUGAGGGACGCCGUGUCCUUCGAGAUGGCGGACCACAUGGAGAAAGCCCUCCGACACGCCGAGUCGCCGGAGACCAGCGCCGACGUCAUCUUGGACAAAAUGUUGGCGCACGACAAUCAAAAUCUGAUGGAGGACAUCGAGUGCAAACUGCAGGACAUCCGCAACCUGUCGGCGGCCGUGUCGGUUCUGCUGAGGGAGGUGGACCUGGAGACGGACUCGGAGUUCGGAGAAGGUCCCAUCUUACCGGGUGCGAGUAUGAGUGUGCGUGUGAGCGUGUGCCAGUUGUACUCCAGCGCCACUGCCGUGUCGCUGGUGUGUCAAGCUCUGAGUCACGUGAGCACCACGCGGAUGCUCCUCUGCAGGGACAUGCUCCUCCUCCUCAAGAUCUGCCUGCGCCAUGAACAACCCGUACGUAUACGCGUGCGCACACACACGCGCAGGGUUCUUCCUGGCUCAAAUGGAGGCAGAGGCGGUACCGUUCUGAUCGUACGCACAUGCGGUGUUAAUGAAAGUAGCUGCGUGUGUCAGGUGUUGUCAGGCGGAGGGUCUCAGCUGCUUCAGAUCCAACAGGAAGCCAUUGUGCGCACGUCUCAGCUGUUGUCGUCCUACUUCCUGCUCAAGCACGUCAGUCAGAGCAUCACCGUGACUGUCGCCGACGACGCCAUGGACGCCAAUCUGCAGCACCUCAACGCCUUGCACCUGAAUGACACCCACGCGCUCACAAACUACAACACAGCGGUGAGCUGCCAGUCAGCCGUGGAGAUGUUCUACCAGAGUUGCGGCCGCAAACUGAUCAUCCGCCACCUGUUCUCCCAAAGCGCGGCAGCAGGCGGCGGCGGCGCCGUCGUCAACUGGAGCGACAUGAUGGCCAACGUCGUCCAGCUGCUCGCUCAGCUGCUCUGGCCCAGCAACCCGACGUUCCACUUCCCAGAAUGCCUCAUGGCCAACUGUCAGUACACGCAGUUGCAGGACUACGUGCGUCUGAUUGGUCCGUGGUGUCAGGUGAACGUCGGCUCCUGCCGUUUCAUGUUAGCUCAAUGCUACCUAGCCAACGGCGAGGGUCACAAGGCCUUGCAGUGUUUCCAGGAAGCCAUCACCGAGGUGGAGAAGGAAGACUUUCUCAUGAGAUUGACAGGCGCCGGUGACAACCAAGCCGCUGAAGCCGCGUGCUCGCCCGCGCUGCAUUACUACAACAAGGUGCUGCGUCUGCUGGAGGAUGUCGGUCUACCGGAACUUGUCAUCCAGUUAGCGACGUUAGCGUUAGCGGAGGCUGUCAAUGAUGUCAGCAGUCAGGCGGCCUUGUGGACCAGAAUCUUCAAGCAUCAUCUGGACCUCGGGCACAACACUGAAGCUUACCAGGCUUUGAUCCAGAACCCAGACUCCAGCAUGCAGUUGGACUGUCUUCGGCAGCUGGUCGUGGUUCUGUGCGAACGAGCUCAGCUUCACGACCUGGUCCGCUUUCCUUACGUCAACCUGCACGACGAGGUGGUCGCCAUCAUCGAAUCGCGGGCGAGAGGCGUGGACCUUCUCACGCACAACUACUACGAACUCCUCUACGCCUUUCACAUCUGCAGACACAACUACAGGAAAGCGGGCACGGUGAUGUUGGAGCUGGCUCUGCGUUUGAGUCGUGAGGUGGGUUCCGUACGCAGCUUGAAGAAGCAGGUCAACUGCUUCCUGGCCGCCAUCAACUGUAUGCGCCUCAUCAGACCCGAGUACGCGUGGAUGGUUCUGCCCGUCCCAGAGUCCGAGCGUCCGGGAACGUCUCCCAAACGAAAUUCGGACGGAGAGUUUGUGCCCCCCCCAGUGAAGCGUCAGGUGGAAAUUUUGGAGCUGGGCGACCUGGAGAAAGAAUUCACGAUGGCCGAGUGUCGACUGGCGCUGGCGCGACAUCGGCCGCGGGCCGCCGCCGCCGCCGCCGUCGUCGCAGGCGCCGCGGACCCGCGCGAGCUGCUGCGCCUCCUGCUGGACGCCGCCCUCUUCACGUGCGCCCGGCGGCUGUGCGACGUCUUCGAGCUGCCGCCGGGAUCCCUGUUCGAUGCCCUGACCUUCAGGUGCAUCAAGCUCCAGUUCGGUGGCGAGGAGGCUCAAAACGAGGCGUGGCCGUGGUUGGCGGCCAAUCAGCUGCCGUCCGUGGUCAACACCAAGGAGUCCAGCGCGGCGGACGAGGCCUGGCGUCUCCUGUCCUGGUUCCUUUCGGAGUUCCCGGCGUCCGGCGCCCUUCACCACCGCCGGGUUCUGGUCCAGCUGCUGUCGCACGGAGUGCCGCCGCCCGAUUGGCUGCUCAAGUCCUACAAAGAAGUGGACCCGCCAGCUUUGCUGCGCCUCUAUUUGAACUUUGACCUGCUGGACGCCGCGGCCGAGCUGGUGAUGGAGUACGUGGAUGCGCUUCUGGGACGCGGACACCAACACUUUGGCAUCAAGGCGCCUCUGUCGGCGCGUGGUCCGAGUGUGUGGCUGCCGUACACGCCCAUCGAUCAGCUGAUGGCAGCGCUCAAGAACACGCAGACCAACCAAGCCCUUUACGACAAACUGGGUGACAAACUGGCCGCCUAUCACAAGAUGGUGGCGCAGGCCACCGAGAUCCGACUCGCCAAUCGGAUCUGCAAUUUUGUUUUCACGUGAAAUUUGUGAAGACAGGCCGCUAAUUCGAUAGGAGGAGCUUUGCUAGCGAGACACCUGAGGCCUCCUGUACAAAAGGUGCGUACGCACAAAAACGCGGCGUACGCAAACUUCAGAUGUAUCAAGAGUGAAAUGUGCGGUGCCUCACGCCAACUUCAUGGCUGGCGUAAGCACGUUUUGGCGACACUUAGAAGGGAUCCUGGGAAACUGUUAUCACAUCAAAUCUGCACAUCAGAGACACGAACAAUUAGCACUGAUGAGCAAUUAAUGCCCAGCAACAUUUGAUUUCAACAAUGUAAUGGAGGGAAGGACUUAAUGUGUAUUUAAUGAAUCCCUGGUAUUUGUGAGGACCCCUAUUAAUUGAUCAAGGUGAUCAUUUAUGCUGCCUAUUGCACUCACAAUCGCUUCUUGUGACUGCAGCACAUGCACUGAAAAAAAAAGUCCUUUGAAUUCCCUUAAUUUGAAAUGUACAUUGGUUGCACAUGAUUCAAUUCUCCUACAAAAAAACCCCAUAAUUUUAACACAUUUUAAUCAUGUGUAACCAAUGUACAUGUUCAAAUUAAGUAUAUUUUUUUCAGUGUGCGUCUCCUGUGAAUUAAAAUCAUA